UGUAACGUCCACCGAAUUACCGAAAUCAGCCGAGAGCCGCGCACAAAGCUGUGUCUUCAAUCUGGUGGAUGUCUUAGUCAACUGAUCAUGGGAUCUUACUCUACCAACCUUACACGCUUGCUUUCAUUCACCAAGCACUUAUCCUCCCACAUAAGCGGUGGUCGUCAAGAAGAAGCGCUUGCUGUUUUCCGACACAUGCAUUCAUCUCUUGCCUUGACUCUUGAUGCCCAUGUCUUCUCCCUCAUACUCAAAUCCUGCACUGCCCUGAAUCGCCCCCAACUUGGCACUUCAAUCCAUGCUCAUGUCUCCAAAGCCUCCUUUCUUUCGAACCAGUUUGUUGCCAGCGCUCUUGUGGAUUUGUACGGGAAAUGCGUCUCUGUUUCUUCUGCACGCCAGCUGUUUGAUGAAAUUCCCAGUAGAAAUGUAGUUGUGUGGAAUGCAAUGAUAUCGCUCUAUUCACAUUCUCAUGAAGUGGGUAAUGCUUUACAGCUGUUCCAAGCCAUGGAUAUCAUGCCUAAUGAAUCAACUUUCAAUUCAAUUAUAGCUGGUAUGGCAAGACUGGAUGAUGGGUCAUUCAAGGCUAUAGCAUUCUAUAGAAAGAUGAUUGAACUUGGAUUGAAGCCAUACUUGAUAACCCUUCUUGCUCUGCUUCCUGCUGCUGUUGGGGUAGCAGCUUUGAAUUUGAUUAAGGAGAUUCAUGGUUAUGCAAUAAGGAAUGACAUCGACUCCCAUCCCCAGUUGAGUAGUGGUCUAGUUGAGGCGUAUGGCCGAAGUGGUUGCCUUAUGCAUUCACAUUGCGUGUUUUGGAAAAUGAAGGAAAGGGAUUUAGUUGCAUGGAGCAGCUUGAUAUCUGCAUAUGCUCUCCAUGGGCGGGCAAGGGAUGCUUUAGAAAUCUUCAAGCAAAUGGAAUUUGCAAAAGUGCAGCCUGAUGGGAUUACUUUUCUUGGGGUUUUGAAAGCUUGUAGCCAUGCUGGAUUAGCUAAUGAAGCCUUGUAUUAUUUUACUAGGAUGUACAAAGAUUUUGGUGUUGAACCAAAUAGUGAUCAUUAUUCAUGUUUAGUUGAUGUUCUGAGCAGGGCAGGCAGGUUACAUGAAGCAUAUCAAGUUAUACAAGAGAUGCCAGUGAAAGUCACUGCCAAAGCAUGGGGUGCCCUUCUUGGGGCUUGUCGGAACUUUGGUGAUCUGGAAUUGGCAGAGAUUGCGGCUAGAGCUUUGUCAGAGAUUGAGCCUGAUAAUCCUGCCAAUUAUGUGCUGUUGGCAAAAAUGUAUGCUAGUGUUGGGAGACAGGAGGAAGCUGAGAAAAUUAGAAUGCUGAUGAAGGAGCAGGGAGUGAAGGCAACAACUGGAAGUAGUUGGGUUGUGUAUUCAGAAUGAUGACAUUUGGCUACAUGUGUUUCAUCUGAAAUGAUGUUCUUGUAGAAGGAUGAGCACAUUUACGGGGUUAUCUUAAUGAAGGAGGAAAAUCUUGGACUAGUAUUGCAAUUUUCCCGACGAAUGCUUGAUGAAUGUUUCAUAAUCUGAAAAGAUUAAUUGUUUUAGAGAUGUUGCCUCUUUCACUAUGUACUAACUCCGGGAAAGUAGCAAUGCAUGAGAUAUCAAGAUGUGUUCAUGACUGACAGGUAAGGCAGACUGGGUGGGAAUAUGGCACUUGCACUUCUUGUCAAGGUUUUCGUGAAUGAUCUCCUUUUAGGUCCUGGGAUAAAGAUUACUUUGUCAUUAAGAUGGAGAUAGAUGUGAAAAACCCGUUACAGGAAUCCUUCAUUUCUAGCAUCGGCUACCGCUUUCUAGCAACAAGAUAAUUCAAACUCAAAAUGUUACAUUGAUCUAUAAACUUAAGAAUUAUACUUUUCUCAUGAUUUGUUUUAUUUUGAUGGAAAAUAAUGAUUGUAUUGCUGUUUGUUUCCUCGACCUGACAAGAGGAGAAUAGUUUGCCAACCAUGGCACCAUCCGAAUAGAGUUUAUUAGUUAUAUUCAAAGAUUGGGUGAUAUUAUUUGAUA